GGCGUGGCUCAGCAGGCUCACUGCACUUUAUUGUUUACUUUUCUUUUUGCUGCACUAUGUCUAGAAGAAUAUCUUUUAUGAAUGUUAAACAUUUGAAAUUGGUAAGAGAUGCUUUGAAGGAAAGUCACUUCAUUGAUGCUAACUGGUUUGAUCUUGGAGUAGAAUUAAACCUACCCUAUCCUGAUCUGGCAAACAUCAGAGCUAAAUGGUCAAAUGAUCCUUCUCAGUGUUUACUGGAGUGUUUGAGCUUGUGGUUGACUUCAGCUAAUAAUCGUACUUGGGAAUCAUUAGCUAGUGCACUUGACAAAAUGAAUCAUGCUGCAGCUGAACAUGUCAGAAAAACCUAUGGUGAUCCUGCUAGUCAGAUAUUCCAGCAUUACAGUGAUAGAAUAUCACAAAUAUUUCUCACGGAUAGUUGUAUCCAGUUGUUAUAUACAGAAGGAUUAAUCACUGAAGAUACACAAAGGAAGAUUGAGAGAUGUGGUGGCUCAUUAAGUGAUACAUUAAGAGAAUUAAUGAUUGCAGUAUCUGAUGAUCACAGUAAGUUGAGGUCACUAGGAAAUAUAUUAAUGGAAUUAGACAAAACUAAACCUUUAGCUCAAGAUAUUAUCAAAGAUUGCGAUGAAAUUAUUGAUAGAUCAGUAACUACAGCUGUAGUUAGACCAGUUCGCAAAGUCAAUCAUUUACCUGCUGCAAAUAACAUACCAGUAUCAGCUUCGGAUGGUGAGCUCUUCUUCAAUGCAGCACAUCAGUCUAUGUUUGAUGAGAUCAGAGGAAGUUUUGGUAUUCUUAUUGAUGAGAUCAUUCCAUUGGUAUCUCAAUCAAUUCCAUCAGCUGCAAAAAUGAAGUCAUUCCUUCAACUGUCCUUUCCUGAAUUGAGUGCUGAACUGUCUAAUGCUGAUAGCAUUGAAGGCAUUAUGAAUGUUGUAGUGAAGAAAUGCCGCAUCAAUAACAUCUCAAAAUUAAAAACAAUUGUAAAACGAUUUAAAAUCACUGAAGCAAAACCACUGAUAUCAAAAUAUGAAAAAGAAGUGAAGACAGUCUGUGGAUCAUUAAAGGAUUACCUUAGUCAGAACCAGCCUGAACAUUUUUUCAUUUGUGAAACAAUUCGGUUUACUUUGGGAUGGGAACCAGAGGAAAACUCACUUGAUGACAUACGUAAUCUCUUAGAGGAAGCAUUUAAAGAAUUAAACAAGAGGAUUAUUGUACGAAGCAUUCAUCGUGGGAACUCUAUUAUUAUCAUCUGUUAUGCUCCACAUCAUUUACUAGCUGCUCUUUUCUUGGAAGCACAAGACAACCUAACUGUCUUGAUCAAAGAUUUUCAUUUAAUUAGACUCACCAUUGGCCACCACACUGUAUAUAAUAAAAGGAUCAAAAACAAAGUGAUGAAUAGCUACAUGUAGUACUGUCUUGUAGAGGAGGCUAAAGUAACUAAUGAUGAAGCACAAGAAUUAAAGGCUUUACUUGAUAAAAAAGAAGGAUCAAUUGAUGAGCAAAGGAGUUUAAUUAAAAUGAAAAAAGAAUCUGAAUCAAAAUUAAAGCUAUGUGUUAAAGCACAUAGAUUAUUCCAGUCAAAAAUGUCAGAUAUAAUGCAUCUACGGUCAAAAAAGGAAAAGCAAGAAGAAAAGAGUAAAGCUUUGAAAGAAAACAUGUACCACAUUGAUUAUUUACAGGAAUGUAUUUACAUAAAAGAAAUUUUUCUACAACCAAUUAGAAUAUGGAAAGAAAAUGUUUGUACAGCUCGUUUUGAUUAUACCGGUUUGGAUGGUUUUGGUGAUAGCUUAUUGGUCAAUAAGGGGGAUGAAGUGGAAAUGCAUGGCUGUUUACGAGGACUGACACAGCUUAUUGCAAGAUCUUUGACUUCUGGCCUUCAAGGAUACGUUCCAUUUUCUUAUGUUGAGUCAAAAUUUGAUACACUUACAUUAUUUCAGUUUGCAAUUUAUGAAUCAGAAUUGUCUUAUCCUACUCUCUGUAAGAUAAGGAAUGAUCUCGACAAUGAUGAUGAGAAAGCCACUUUGUUUAUGGAAACUCUUAAUGAUGAUCCUAUAAUGUUAGAUGCUCUGAGACAAGACAUAGCUUUAUACAACCAAUGAGCCUGGAAAAGUGCAAUGGAAAGAAAAAUUUGUGUCUCUUGAGUCUCCAUCACCUGCUCAAUGUGAAGAUGUGAUCAAUAAACUGAAUGAUCAUAGUGAUAUGUAUUUUGUUAUAGAGCACAAAUAUUCACCUCACUCUGCACUGAUUUUACUCUCAGCACCUGUACUGAGAACAAUGAUGCUGCAGGAUAUUGUAAUAUGGUUUACUCCACUACCUCAUGACUGCAUCCAGUGUCUGUGUCAAAUAUUGAGUAGUAGUAAAACAAUACGAAGGUUAUGUAUCAUUUAUUACUCUAUUGGUGACAAAGGUGUAAUUAGCCUUUGCCAAGCAAUUGUGCAGAACUGUAAUUCUACAUUGAGCAGAUUAGAUCUUUCUUAUAAUCCACUCAUCACAUCUGCUUGUGCACAGGCUCUCUGUGAGCUCAUCCUUGCUACUGAUAGAAUAUGGGGAAUAGAUUUGAGGGUAACUAUGAUGUCUUCAGAAUCAGUGCUACUUCUUCUUCAGGCUUUAUCUGCAAACAAGAGUGUAAGAAGACUGAUGCUUGAUGUAAAACACAAGAAGAUCUUUACUGAAACAUACACAGAAUACCAUCCAAUGAUGGAGCGGUUGGUCUUUGCAGGAUACUACAGCUAUGAUUAUUUAUAACAAACUACAGUGUUGAUCAGACAAUUGGAUAUUAUCUAUGCUCAGACAUCAUCAAACUUGUGUGUAUGUAGUUAGGUCUUUUAUUGUGCAGUAAUUUUUGUUGCUAUAAAAUUAUUAUUGUAUACAUGCAUUGUAAUAAUUAUUAUAUCAGUUGAUUGGAAUAAUAAUUCACUAAA